CCUGAGCCCCGCCCCUUUUUCGGCGGGUGAGGGUGUCUGGCUCGCGCUGCUGUUGCUGCCUCUGUUUCUGCCUCUUGGCCGCUCUUUUCUUGUCAGGGGAGAUUCUGUUCUCGCUCCCGCCGCAGUUCAGGCGAGGAGGGAACGACCGAGGAGGAUUACUAUGUCCCGCCCGGGUCCGGAGCCCCGCCGUCUUUCUUCAGGGGACUGAAAAUGUGCCAGAAAUAAUGCUAGGACUACAAUGGGAAGUGUCACACUUCGCUAUUUCUGCUAUGGCUGCCUCUUCACUUCUGUGACCUGGACGCUUCUGCUCUUUAUUUAUUUCAAUUUUAGCGAAGAAACACAAUCUUUCAAGAAUGUGCCCAUCAAGGGGCUUGAACCUCAGAAGCCUUUUCCCAAAAGAUUCUAUCCUCGUUUUGUCCAUGGACCCGUGCAUGUCCCUGAACUGCAGCACAGAUAUGGCAAGAUCAGGAAUCCUUUGGAAAAUGCAGUACAGGAUCCUGUUAAGGAUGACACUGAGCUCUCUCCUGAAAUGGGUAUGAUUUUUAAUGAACGUGACCAAGAAGUGAGAGACUUGGGUUAUCAAAAGCAUGCUUUCAAUAUCCUCAUCAGUAACCGGUUGGGAUAUCAUAGAGAUGUGCCAGACACGAGGGAUGCAAAAUGUAAAGGAAAGAAAUACCCUCUUGAUUUGCCCUCUGCUAGUAUCAUAAUUUGCUUCUAUAAUGAAGCAUUCUCUGCCUUGCUUCGAACAGUUCAUAGCGUUCUGGACCGCACACCAUCACAUCUUCUCCAUGAAAUUAUUUUGGUAGAUGACAGUAGUGAAUUAGUUGAUCUGAAAGAAGACCUAGAUGUUUAUCUAAGAAAAAACCUUCCAAACAACAUAAAACUAGUCAGAAAUGAGAAGCGAGAAGGGCUCAUUCGAGGGAGAAUGAUAGGAGCUUCCCAUGCUACAGGGAAGGUGCUUGUAUUUCUGGACAGCCAUUGUGAGGUGAAUGAGCUGUGGCUGCAACCGCUUCUGACGCCCAUCCGAGAAUCACGUAAAACAGUGGUUUGCCCUGUCAUCGAUAUUAUCAGCGCUGAUACCCUUACCUACAGCUCUUCCCCAGUUGUCCGUGGAGGGUUCAACUGGGGCCUGCACUUUAAAUGGGAUCUUGUUCCUUUAUCAGAACUGGAAGGCCCUGAAGGAGCUACUGCUCCAAUCAAGUCACCUACCAUGGCAGGAGGCUUAUUUGCUAUGGACAGAGAAUAUUUCAAUGAACUUGGGCAAUAUGAUAGUGGCAUGGACAUCUGGGGAGGGGAAAACCUGGAAAUAUCAUUUCGGAUCUGGAUGUGUGGAGGCAAGCUUCUCAUCAUUCCUUGCUCCAGAGUAGGACACAUCUUUCGUAAAAGGCGGCCUUAUGGCUCACCGGGCGGCCAGGACACCAUGGCGCACAACUCUCUACGACUGGCACAUGUCUGGAUGGAUGAAUAUAAGGAUCAAUAUUUUGCCCUGCGACCAGAACUGAGGACAAGGAACUAUGGAAAUAUUACUGACCGGGUGGAAUUGAGAAAAAAGUUGAAUUGCAAAUCCUUUAAGUGGUACUUGGACAACAUAUACCCAGAAAUGCAAAUUUCUGGGUCAAAUGCCAAAGUUCAGCCACCACUCUUUUUCAACAAAGGGCAAAAACGACCAAAAACACUCCAGCGUGGCAGGUUACGUCACCUUCAGUCAGAUAAAUGCCUGGUUGCCCAAAGCCACCCAAGUCAGAAAGGAGGACUUGUUGUGGUCAGAGAGUGUGACUACAGUGAUCAAAAUCAGGUAUGGCUAUACAAUGAGGAUCAUGAACUAAUCCUAAACAAUCUUCUGUGUCUGGAUGUAUCCGAAACCCGGACUUCUGAUCCACCCCGCCUUAUGAAAUGCCAUGGUUCAGGAGGCUCUCAGCAGUGGGUCCUGGGGAAAAAUGACCGGCUUUAUCAGGUGUCCGUUGGGCAGUGCAUGAAGGUUGUGGAGCCCUUCAGCCUCAAGGGAUAUGUGGCUAUGGCGAUUUGUGAUGGCUCCCUCCCGCAGCAGUGGCAUCUGGAGAGCUGAGCAGCAGAGGCAGAACCUCGGUUCCUGAGUCAACUGAACUGAAUUAGGAAUCUGGAUUCCAAAUGGACACUUGCGACAUUCAGUAUUUAAAGGAAGUUCAGAAAACUGUUAGUGGACUAUAAGUCCAGGUGGGACAGAAACUAUAACAAUCAUGUUUCAACCUCUGUCCCCAAAGCAGAAGUGCAAUUAUGUUCUUGGGACAGGCAUGGGCAAACUUUGGCCCUCCAGGUGCUUUGGACUUCAACUCCCACAAUUCCUAACAGCCGGUAGGCUGUUAGGAAUUGUGGGAGUUGAAGUCCAAAGCACCUGGAGGGCCAAAGUUUGCCCAUGCCUGUUUUAAGAAUUCUCUGGUGUCUGGAAGCUUUCUAAAUAAUAAUUAGAAAUCAUGUAACUUAAUUAGUGAAGAAAUGCAACUAAUGCACACUUCCUCACUGUCAGAACUGUACCCCGUUUUGUUGUCAUUCCUUGCACAAAAUAUCACGGUACUAUCUUUUCAUUUUGGUGAAUGGCUGAAUUAUUUUAACUGAUCUUCUGUCGUAGUCCUUUGCAUAUUUAAUUUUAAUCCAUUUAUUUUAAACUUUGCAUAGUUGCAAUUUUAUGUGUCCUUUGUCUUACGGUAUUUAAGAUAGUUACUGCGAUUUAGGUUUGAUGGCUGGCUAGUAUCCAAAACUAUGCGGAUGGCAGUCUCCUCCUCCUGCUGCGGGACUUCCCAGCGUCUUCCCCUCUGCAUCUCUCUUGCGCUGUAAUCAUCUCCUCUGGUUAAAGGAACCCUUUGACAGACCUAGGAACGGCUGCGGUGUCUGAGGAUUAUGGCUAGAAUUAUGUGGGACAACAACAAACAAAAGGCACUUUUGGACGUGGCUGGGAUUUUAAAAGAAAAAUAUACUUGAUUAUCUGUACUCGGUUUCCAUGCAGUGAGCUCAACAGAAACCGAUGUAUGCUAUGUAUGUUUAAAACGAUCAUGAUGGUGUAAGAUAUAUAUGUAUGUAAAUAAACAGCAAGAAAUUUGAA